CAGCAGCUCCUUGCGAAAAUGAGGAAACAAUCCUCCUUGAAUCUCGUAAUCGCUUGUGUGGUUUUGGGGCAAGGAAUUGCAGUUCUUUGUGAAGAAAAUAAAGAUACAUCAUCAGCUUUUCUUCUUCGUGAAAAACCUCCAACCGGUCCUACGGUACUGCAUCAAAUAUUCCCCAGAAAACUGCCCAAUCGUGUACGGGUUAUGAGAGGUACUGACGAGGUUGGCAUUGGCCUUGUUAUACAUCGUUUCGUUAUCGCAACAAAAGCUAGCAUUUUUCAAUACGGAGUGCAAUAUCAUGUUGAAUUUCCCGGGCCAACAGGAGGUACCGUUCGUCACAAGCUAACACAUAUUCAAUUAAAUGUGGAUUACGAACGCUUUCAUGAAAACCCCGGUGGGAUUCACGACGUUGCCUUAGCCGGAUGCAAUGGUCCCAUGCCAAAGAACGACUUCACAUUGAAUAUGCUUCAGGAAGCAGGAGAUUUCACACCCACCCAAAUUGCGUGGAUCGCUUCCAAAACAUAGACAGGACAAAACGA